AAGACUAAAAUUUAGUACACUUGAUUGAAGAAAAAUUACUCCCUAAUUAAUUCAGUCUGGAAGCCAUCCGUACGUACCAAUGUCUGGUAAAAUUUGACCAUCGGAGGAAGCCUGUCCGGUGUUUAUUGCGUAGAGAUAGAGAGAGAGAGAGAGAGAGAGAGAGAGAGAGAGAUGAAUGGUACAGAAUGUUUGUUUUAGUUAGACGAUAUUAGAGAGAAAAACCUCCAAAAUCCAGUAUUAGUAUGGCUUCCGCUGCGGCACCACCGCUUUCCUUACAGCGCCACGGCCACCGCCACCGCCCUCUCAUUAUUUACAGAACCACCCUAAUAUCAAAUAACAAGCAUUCCCUUCACCCAAUCUUCACUCUCAAAUGCUCUACCCACACCCACAAAACACACUCUCGCACUCCAACCAACUACUCACCUCACCAUCUCUCUUUAGUCCAAGAAACCAACAAGCUCUGCCAGCAGCGGAACCUCACAGAAGCUCUGAAUUUUCUUCAAAGAUACUCUAUAUCUACUAUCUCUGAUUCAGUGCACAGAGCGGAAGCUAUGGGUGUUUUAUUACAGGCCUGCGGGCACCAAAAAGACAUCGAGACUGGCAGGAGAGUCCACGAGAUGGUUUCAGCGUCCACCCAGUUGAGCAACGACUUCGUUCUCAAUACCCGUCUCAUCACAAUGUACUCCAUGUGUGGCUCUCCUGUAGAUUCUCGUUUGGUUUUCGAUGGGUUACAGAGGAAGAACUUGUUUCAGUGGAAUGCACUCGUUAGUGGGUAUGCUAGAAAUGAACUUUUUUAUGAAGCGAUUAGCUCCUUUACUAAAUUGAUUUCGGCUUCGGAGUUUAAACCUGAUAAUUUUACGUUACCAUGUGUGAUUAAGGCUUGUGCUGGGCUUUGGGAUGUGGGGCUGGGGCAGGUGAUUCAUGGGAUGGCAAUCAAGACGGGUUUGAUUUCUGAUGUGUUUGUGGGUAAUGCGCUCAUUGCAAUGUAUGGGAAAUGUGGGUUUGUUGAGAAAGCAGUGAAGGUGCUUGAAUGUAUGCCUGAGAGAAACUUGGUUUCUUGGAAUUCGAUGAUUUGUGGGUUUUCUGAAAAUGGGUUUUCUCAAGAGAGUUAUGGUAUGCUUAGAAAGAUUUUGGAGGGUGAGGAGGGUUUGAUACCAGAUGUUGCUACGAUUGUGACUGUACUACCGGUGUGUGCAGGAGAAGGAGAAGUGAAUAUGGGAAUGGUAAUUCAUGGUUUGGCCGUUAAGUUGGGGCUGAAUGAGGAACUAAUGGUGAACAAUGCCUUGAUAGACAUGUAUUCAAAAUGUGGCUACUUAACUGAAGCCCAUAUUAUAUUUACUAGGAGUUAUAACAAGAAUGUGGUUUCUUGGAAUUCCAUGGUUGGAGGCUACUCUAGAGAAGGAGAUGUAUGCAGAACAUUUGAUCUCUUACGGAAAAUGCAGAUGGAAGAGGAGAAAAUGAAGGUGAAUGAGGUCACCAUAUUGAAUGUUUUGCCAGCUUGUUCAGCAGAAUCAGAACUUCUUUGCUUGAAGGAACUUCAUGGUUAUUCUUUGAGACAUGGGUUGCAAUAUGAUGAAUUGGUAGCUAAUGCUUUUGUUGCUGCCUAUGCGAAAUGUGGGUCGCUGAGCUCUGCUGAGCACGUCUUUUUUGGAAUUAAAGCUAAGACAGUGAACUCUUGGAAUGCACUUAUUGGUGGUCAUGCACAAAAUGGUGAUCCACAAAAGGCUUUAUAUUUCUACUUUCAAAUGACAUAUUCAGGCUUAGAUCCUGACUGGUUUAGCAUAGGCAGUCUCCUUUUAGCUUGUUCCCACAUGAAAUGUUUGUAUUAUGGCAAAGAGCUUCAUGGAUUUGUGUUGCGGAACGAUUUAGAUAUGGAUUCAUUUAUUGGUAUCUCGUUACUAUCACUUUACAUUCAUUGCAGGAAAGUGUUAUCUGCAAGGAUAUUGUUCGAUAGGAUGGAAGACAAAAUUUUAGUAUCUUGGAAUGCGAUGAUUGCUGGUUAUUCACAGAAUGGACUUCCAGAUGAAGCCCUUGAUCUCUUCCGUCAAAUGCUUUCCAAUGGAAUUAAACCUUGUGGGAUUAACAUAAUCAGUGUAUUUGGGGCUUGUUCUCAGCUGUCAGCACUGCGUCUAGGAAAGGAAAUGCAUUGCUUUGCUUUAAAAGCUAACCUAACAGAAGACAUUUUUGUAGGUUGUUCACUCAUAGAUAUGUAUGCAAAAGCUGGCUGCAUAGAACAAUCUCAAAGAGUUUUUGACAGCUUAAAGGAGAAAGAUGAGGCAUCAUGGAAUGUUAUAAUUGCCGGAUAUGGAAUUCAUGGAUAUGGAAGAAAGGCCAUAGAGCUAUUUGAAAAAAUGCAAAGUUCGGGCCAGAAGCCUGAUGGGUUUACAUUUAUAGGAAUUCUAAUGGCAUGUAGCCAUGCUGAGUUGAUUAUGGAGGGUUUAAAAUAUCUCAGCCAGAUGCAAAGUUUGUACGGAAUAGAGCCAAAAUUGGAGCAUUAUGCAUGUAUUGUGGACAUGCUGGGUCGGGCUGGCCAAUUGGCUGAAGCUCUAAAGCUCAUACAUGAGAUGCCCGAAGAACCAGAUGCUAGAAUCUGGAGCUCAUUGCUCAGUUCCUGUAGAAUUUAUGGUGAUGUAGAUAUGGGGGUGAAAGUUGCAGAAAAGUUACUAGAACUGGAACCGGACAAAGCUGAGAAUUACGUGCUACUCUCAAAUUUAUAUGCUGGGUCAGGGAAAUGGGAUGAUGUGAGAAGGGUGAGGCAAAGGAUGAAGGAGAAUGGUCUUCAGAAAGAUGCUGGCCGCAGUUGGAUUGAAGUUGGAGGGAAAGUUUAUAGCUUUGUUGUUGGUGAUGACAUGUUGUUGAAGUCUGAGGAGAUCCGGAACAUGUGGAGAAGAUUAGAGGAAAAAAUAAGCAAAAUUGGAUACAAACCUAACACAGAAUCUGUGCUUCAUGAACUUACCGAAGAGGAGAAGAUUGAGGUAUUGCGGGGGCAUAGUGAGAAGCUUGCAAUUUCUUUCGGGUUAUUAAAGACGACCAAAGGUGCAACAGUGAGGAUCUGUAAAAAUCUGCGCAUUUGCAUAGAUUGUCAUAAUGCGGCUAAGCUAAUAUCGAAGGCUGUUGAAAGAGAGAUAGUUGUUAGAGACAACAAGCGCUUUCACCAUUUCAAAGAUGGGUUUUGUUCUUGUGGAGAUUUUUGGUAGGUGAACUAAAGGGUUGC